AAUGUUUAUUGAUUUGAUCUGUUCAGCUACAGGACUCCGUGACGUCAUGAAAGUAGUGGAAAAAAAAAAGUCCUGUCUAGUCUGAUCGAGAUCUCAAUUCAACACUUAACACAAACUAGAUCUGGAUCUAAUCAGCUCGAUUUGAACCUGUUUCUCUACCAUCGUAUCUUAUCAGUACGUGUUAUUCUACAACUGAAAGGACCUCUCAAAUGUGUUCUCGUGACUAGAUGCCGUGUUUCUCUCUACGUGAGCACCACUCGUUCAAUGUUCAAUCAAGAAGUCUCUAAUCCAAAAAUGUACGAGCUGUGUCUCUGUCUGCUGAUGCUCAGUCUGGAGAGUUUCUGCAGGGGAGAGAACCAAGGAAAGAGUUCUGUGACCAUCAAUAUAAAACUGGACCAAAGCGUUCACUUCGUGGACAACAUGUUUUUGGCUAACUCCAUGCCUCAUAAAAUAGAGAAAUGGAACACUAUACCUUUUAGCGAUGCGAAUUUGAGAAGGUUGUGUGAAAACCUGGCCCCUACUUCCGUUCGAGUUCUGUUCAAUCCGUUGUUCUCGCAAACUUCUAAAGGGCCAACAACGAAAAAAGCAGGCAGCACAAAAAUGGAUUGCGAUACACAUGAUAUGACUGUCAAGCUUUGGGAACAGUUCUAUGAUUUUAUUAAGAAUGUUGGUUGGCAACUGUCUAUUGAUUUCACCAACAUUCACCGCACACCUACGAACGAAUGGGAUAGUGCCAACGCCAAAGCUUUCUUGGACUAUGCUCAGAAGAAUGAAAUUCCUAUUCCAGACUUUCAGUUUGGUAAUGAGCCCAAUUCGUACGCCAACAGCUAUGGACUAAAUACUCAAACGCCCGCCCAGACGGUUAUAGACUUACAAAAAUACCACACCUUGCUAAGUAACUAUCCUCCUUACAAGUACAGCACUGUGGUUGGGCCAGAGACUACACGGCCAACAAGUUCGACAAAAUAUUUUAAUGAUUUCUUAGCCAGUGGUGGCUGUAAUGUCGUGGAUGAGAUUUCAUUUCACCAAUAUUACAGAAACAAUGAUCGCGACCACCCGACGUACCAUGAUUUUCUCAACGUAUCUAUCAUGGACUUACUAGUUGACCAGUUCACGAUGGCCAGAAAGCUGAUGGCGGACAACAACUGCAAUAAAUCAAUACGACUUGGAGAAUCGUCCAGCGUGUCUGGAGGAUUGGAUCAUGUAGCCGAUCGAUUCGUCGCUGGAUUCUUAUGGCUGGAUAAACUAGGUCAAUGUGCCCUUCACGCAAUCACUCGAGUCUACCGAUUUAACGUCUGGGGAGGUAGUUACUCACUUCUGAACCGUACUACUUUUCUUCCAAAUCCUGAUUACUAUCUGACUUUAUUGUAUAAAAGAUUAGUGGAAGGAUACACAUUCAAUGCUUCAUCAAAUGCUCCAUACAUCCGGGCGUAUGCCAACUGUGCUAAACCUCAACGAUACACGCCUGGUGCUUUGGUGGUGUACAUGGUCAAUGUCAAGGACGAGCCUGUGACCAUCAAUCUACCACAGUUUAGUGGUCAAGCAGUGGACGUUUAUUGGUUUACUUCAGGGGGCGAGGAUGUAUUAAGCCUAGACAUCAGACUCAAUGACGUCUUAAUGGACAGCUCGGGAAAGAAUGGCAUUAGCUUCACCCCGAAAAGCAUUCAAGGCUCCAUAGAAAUGCCAGCAUUGAGUUACGGCUUUAUUGUCAUUCCUGACGCCAAUGUUGAAAAGUGUCGUGAUCAACCUCCCACGACGACUCCUAGAUCUAGAGCUUUAGUCACUAAACACUAUGAAUACUCUAGAUCUAGUGGUGCUGCAUUAAAAAUGUGGUUUGUCAAGCUCUGUUUGACAUUAUACUUCAUUGUUAUGUAGCGAGAACCUUGCUAGUUGCCGUUUUGCUGAUAUUAAUAAACUGAUUUUUUUAAAACUAUAAAAAAUAAUAUUCAGAUUAAACGAAUGAAUAUUUAGUUCACCGGGUAGAUGCAAAGUAGCCAUGCUUCGAUACGUUUAAAACUUGAUUAUUUUUAAGGAAUAUUUCUCGCAUCUCAAAUGAAACGGAUCAAAUAAAAAAAAAUCU